GAAGAUUAAGUCAUUCGUGUUCAACCGUCGAGUCAUGAACGUCCUAAUCCCACUGGCUUUGUUGGUUUUCUUGCUCAAUCAAAACAAUGCUUGGUCCAUAAAUAACAAAAAUUCUGAAGGUAAUAAUUUUUGAAAAUUAUUUAUAGAAAUUUAAACCGUGUAAUUAUUAUGUUUUUUUUUCUAUAUACCUAAUUAAAAUAUUUGUUAUUUUGAGAUAUUUUAUAUUUGUUAACAUUUAAUACAAUUGCAAAUGUAAAUUAAGUAACUAUAUACAUUUAAUACAGCAAAUUAAGAGAUUUUAUUUUCCAUUAAGGUUUUACAAAUUAAUAAUAAAUAAAAAAUGAUAUGUUACAGACGAGUUCCUUAUUUUUAAAUACAUUUUAUAGUAGGUAUAAUUUGAUAAAUUAAUAUAGGUACCGAAUGAUAAAUAAAUAUGAUAGUUAUAAUUUGUACAAUCUAUCGCUAUUUUACUAUACAUUAAUAUUUUUAAGAUACCUGCGAAUGAAAUACAUUUUUCAAGUAUAGCAAACUAUUGAAAUUAUUUUUUUUGAAUAUUUAAACAAGUUUAUAAUAAUAACAUACUAUACAAUUUUCUACUGUUACCUAAUAAAGUCAGUCAUAUAAAGCAACAGAAUACAAUUUAAGUAGGUUUCAUCUUAUUCACAAUUAAUAAUUAGUACACAAAAGGAAGAAACUGUAAUAGUUCAAUAUUAUUUAUUCCCAGUCUUACAAUAAUAAUUUUAUGAACAGUUAAAAUAAAAAUCGAGACGGAUGGGCCAUAUUUUCUUCUAAUAAUGCUAUAAUAGUACCUAAUUAAUAUUUCUUAGGUUUUACAUCUGAAAUCAGUUUUCUAUCGAUUUCGUACACGAGAAUUUUUUUUUCCAGAUAGCCCAUUGUAUUUUAAUAUUUGUAUCGAUUAAAUAUUUUUUAAUUAUUAUUUUUAAGUUUUAGAGUGGCAGUACAUAUUCUAUAUAGGUUGUAUUAUUUUAUAAUUAUGUGAUGUUGUUUUUCCUUUUUUUUUUUUUUUUGAGGCCGAAAUAUUAAAUUUAUUUUUUUUCAUAUUUGUUCAAUAUAUUUGGAUAGAAAAUUAACAUAAUAAUUUUAUGGCGUAAUAGAAGAAAUAUAUAUUGUUUUAAUGUAGGUAGGUAUAUAAAAAAAAUCUUAAACAUUUCCGAUAAAUUAAAUGUAAUCAUUUUUUGAAUACAAUAAUAAUCUAUAUCUCUAAAUUUAAAAAAUAAAUUGUAUAAUGUCUUGAUGUGAAGUUAUAGCAACACGGGUGCUUAACGUUAACAUCCAACAACUUUAUCCUUACUGUUAUAGGUGUUAUUUAUUUGCAAUCUAUGAUGUUAAAAUGCAAAAAAUAAAACAUGGACAAGUUCUAUAUAAUUCCAAACAAAAGUUAUUUAAAUUAAUUCGAAAAAUGCUUGGAAUGUUUUAAACUAAUAUUAGUAAACGUUAAAUGAAAUAAUAAAAAUAAUUUUUGAAAUAUUUCUAUACUUCAAAAAUACAUAUUAAAUUAUUUGGUAUGAAUAUUAAAUUUUGGGUAGUAAAUUUUAAUGGAGUAAAAUGCAUGUAGAUGACGGAGAAGAAAAAAAAAUAUUGUUACUGAUGUCAAAUAAUCGAGUUCUAUAGUAGUAAUAUAAUAUUUGGGUGAAUAUAAUUUGGUUUUAAAACCUUUCAUAAAUGGUUUCAGACAGAUGUAAUAUUAUUACUGUUUCUGUACAUAGUAUGUGAAUAAUAAAUUCUCAAUAACUUUAAAAUAUUUUUUUUCUUAUUUUUAGUAAUGUUCACUCGUAUUAUUUGUAUAUUUUGUUCACUUACAAACUUAUGCAAUUACUGUGUACAUAGCAUUGUAUUUAUUUAUUGAUAACGUAAACAUUAUUCUGACUAUAAUACUCUUAACACAAUAAUUAAUUAAUACGUUUACAUUUUGUUGAAUAAUUUCCACAUAAAAUCAAUCGUUUUACUUAUAGGGAGAAAAAUCGAAUUUAAAAUGAAUAUUAUUUUACUACUUAGGUAUUAUUAAUUUUAUCUUUGUAAAAGAAAUGUAUCUGAACUUCGCGUUCUGUAAUAAGUACAAAUUAUUGUAUGUAUAUGUUGAAAAUGUAACUUUAAAAGUUAAUUGAACGUUCAGAAAAACUGUAUGGGCAUAAAAAACAAACGAAUAAUUAUUUAUGUCCAAAAUUACUAAAUAUUUGACAUACAAUUUGACUACAUGCAUUUUUAUGCUUGUAAAACACAUUAUAAUAAUCUGUUUUAAAAUAUUUAUUUGUUGUUCUUGUGUGAAUUUACUAGGCCGAAAGUAUUGUAAUCGAAUGCAAUGCCUUAUUUUAUUUAUUAAUCUAUUAAACUAGGAUACUUACAAACAAUUAAGUGACUAUUCCAGUGUUGGAUCGUCACCCCCACUUGCUCUCCUCAGCGUUUAGUGAUUGUUACUUAUUUUCAAUUUACAUUAUAUAACUAUUAAAAAUAAUUAUAAGUGCAGAAAUUAAACCCUUGUUUAAGAUUUUUUUAUUAUCGAUUUAGAAGUUUUUCAAGAUUCGUUGGAAUCAUGAAUCAGAUGGGUAGUUACUGAAUUAAAUCUUUAGUCAUGUUUACUGUUUUUAAAAUUAUCAUUUAAAAAAUAAAUACUAUAUUUUAUACUUCAAUAGUUUCACUCAAAGUUUAAAAUAAAAUACACAAAAAUACAAAUAUUUGCGCAUUGAUUUUUUAUCUGUUGUAGGUAUAUUAUGAAUAGAUGGGCACAUUAUAUCGUAUUUUUUUUCAUUUCACCUUUACUUUAAAUCGUUUUUAUAAUUCAAUUAAUUGACAAACAAUAAAUAUUAAAACCAUAGUAAAGUUAUAUAAGCCAUUGUGUUUAUUUUGCAGAUUAAUUUACUAAAUAGCUUAUUUAAUACGAACCACAAGGUUUCAAAAACUAAUUAUACUGUAAAAAUUAAAACAGGAAACACAAGUUUUCAAUUCAAAUUAAGUAUUAAGGCUAAUGCAGAUGUAGCGCUUUCGUUAAAUUCGAAUUAUCAAUACUGUUUUAAAAAUCGUAUUGUUAUAAUUUAGUUGAUUUAAUUUUAUAUUACACGAAUUCGAAUUACGAAUUUUUUGAAAUACGAAACUAGAAAUUAUUUUGUUUAGUUUUUACAAAUCUAUAAUAAUUUCAGAUGAUAUUUUAUAGAUGUAGUCAAAUAAAUUAAUGUAUUUAUUAUAUUAUUUAAUUAAUUAUUAGAUUCAUUAGAUUGUUAUGUAACCUUAGUAUGCCUUAACAUAGGCAUACAAAUACCAACUAUAAAAUUAAAUUCGAGUUUCAGUCGCCCCAGUGAACAAAAUAAUGCUUUUAGACCUUGAUCACUCGACAGUGGUGAUAAAUGAUGCGUGAAUAAUGUUUUUCCUUUACAUUAUUCUCCUACAAUAUCAUCACCCAUUGUUUUAAAAUGUUUAGUCCAUUUAAAUAACAUAGUAUAAUUUAACAAGUCCAAAUAGCCAAUGCGUUUAACUUGUCUUAAUAUUUUUAAUCAUUCGACAAUGGAAUCGUUUAUAAUUAUAUCCUGCCCCAUAAACAUUAUUACUAUUUUUAAGUGGUGGGAUAAUGGUUUUCACAUUACUCCAGUCAUUAAAAAAAAAAAAUACAUCUUCAUCGGACACCCAAUGAAGCUAGGUGUGUUUCUAAAAACUCUUUUUCAUCUAACAUUUAUUUUUCCUUAAUGAAAAAUCUCGUAAGUAUAUCUAAUUAUAUUAGGCCAGGAUAAUUAUUUUAAAAGACGCAUCCGUCAGACAUGGUCGAUUUAGAGAAAUCUCUGUGCUGCAUAAAUGUAUAUGUUGUAAAAUAUAAAAUAAUUUCUUUUUAUGUAGUAUUUUCGUAUUAUGAAAAUAAAAUAUCAUAAUGAUAUUAUACUAAUCAAAAUUUUUUUUCAAAUAUCUUUCACACGAUUUCAAACAUAUUAUAUUUAUUUAUUUACGGAUAAAUGUUCCAAUUCUAAUAAUCAUAAUUAUUUACAGUUGUUAAGAAAAGUUUGAAUAUUCAGUAAUAAUACUAAUAAUAAUACAAAUAAAAUAUUUAAAUUAUUAAUUGAUUCAAGUUUUAAAUAUAUAAUUAAAAAUAUGUAGUUAUAAAUUAUGACAAACAUAGUUGAAUAGUUUUAACUAAUAACACACAAUAAUGCAAACAAUAAAAUUCUAUUGUAAAAUAAUAUUUAUAAUUUAUAGUUUUUAAUUAAGAAUAUUGUUUAUCAAUAAGUAGUGAAGUUAUUAUUUAAAUUACGUUCAUUUUGAUAAUACAUGAUUAAAUUGAGAGGAAUUUAUAAGUUUAUUAGAUUUUUUAAAAUGCAAAGAUUGUAUAUUUACGAUACUCGUAUAUAGUAUCACAUAUAGAAUUAUAGAGUAUUUGUCGAUAAUUUAUGCCUAUUAAUGGUAUCUACUGGCUGCUUACAUAUACAUUAUAUAGCAGGUAUAAGAAUUGUAACUGAGAAUAAAAAUGUUUCGUAUAACACUGUUAUAUUUGUUUAUUAUAACUUAUAAGGAUAAUAUUAUUUUAUUUUAUUAUACAGGCCGACGGAUAUGUGGAUGAUUUUUAAGGCUAAGUGAUUUUUAUGUUUGGAUCUUUAUUGAAAUUUAUCACAUGAGUUUAAAAAGAAAAUCUAAAAUUGGUAGUAAUAUAAAAACUACAAUUUCAAAAUAAUAAAAUAAGAGAAACAAUAUUUGUCGUCUUUAAACAAAAAAAAUAAAAACUAUUAGUGAAAACUUUUCCAUAAUAUUCGCGGGGAACCCUUAAGAAUAAACAGUAGAAUAAAAAUACUAUUUUCCAGCUAGGUAUAUUAUUGUUUAAGAUUCUAAAUAUAUUUCAAAAGCUAAGUUUACAUUAGUGUAGUUUUCGUUGAGGUUGUGUAGGUAUUUGUUAACAAGUUUAUUGUGUUUGAAAAACAAAAAUGUUCUUAGGGGAAUUUGAGAGUUCAAUUACCCUUUAGAUUUUUAUUGAUAUUAUUAUAAAUUAUGAAAAUAACUAUUUUAAUAUAAAUAAUUAUAAUUUACAGUUGAAUUUAUGAUACAACCCUCACUCCCCUCCCAUAACUACAGAAAUGACAAGAUAAUUUAUCUAGUUUCUAUACCCUUAAUUGUUAAUCAAUUUUAAUUGACUUGUUUAUUAACAUUAGAUAUAAUUUAUUUAAAAUAUGAAAUAAUAUAAAUGUCUAGUUAUCUAGUUAUAAAACAUAGAAUAAACAAUUUAUUGUAAUAUUAUUUUAACCGCUAUGUUUGUUGAUUGGUAAUGUUUUGACAUCACAUGUAAGCAGUUAAGUAGUUGGUUAAAUAUUUUAAAUUAAUUUAUAGAGAUAAUUUCAAACCCACUUCCAUAUUUCAAGAAAAUUCGAUAUAAUACUGUUUAUAAAUAAAAAUACAUUUCGUUUUUAUUAUUAUUAUUAUUAUUAUGUUAUUAACAUAAGCCGAUUCUCUUAAACGUAAAAAAACUCAUUAUUUUUUUGGAAAUAUUUAUUAAUUUUUUUUGUCAGCUUUAAUUUUUAACGCUUUAUGCUGUGUAACGUUUUACUUUUUUCUUCUUUAUUUUUUCUACAAAUUUUAUCUUUUCUCUUCGUGUUUAAAUGCGUAUAUAUUAUAUACGUGUUUAUGGUGAAACUUUUAAUUUUAAAUGUUUAAAUAAUGUUUAUACAGCUAAUUACGGUUACGAUUUAGGGUAAAAAGAAUCUGAACAACGCGGUAAGAAUUGGAAAUAAAUAUGUCCCGUCUCUGUUCUAUCUUUUUAAUAUACCUAUUAUUUAAACUUAAUAAAUCAUUAUAGUUAAUAAACUAUUUUGUUAAGUGUUAGAUAAUGAUAAACACAUUUUCGAGAAAUUAAUUCUGAUUUAAAACAAUAAAAGUUUAUCAUUUGAAAAUAUCAAGUUGAUAUACUAUUAUGUUAUCAGUAUUUUGAGAACAAAAAAACUUUAAACAAUGCAGUACCAUAAAACUCUUAAAAAUUUGUUUGAAAUAAAUAUGUAAGUACCUAAAUUAUUAAUUCUAAGUGACCCAGUAACCACUUUUACACUAAUAUCCAAAUUAAAGUAAUCCCUGAGUCUGAAUUAUGAUUAUAGUUCUAUAAAUUUUACAACUCCACAGGUUUAAAAUAUAUACAUAGGUAAUAUUUCAUAUUUGCAUUCUCUUUCAUUAGAUAUUUUAAUUUGGAACAACAUUUUUUUUUUUAAUUAACUUUUUCAUUGAAGUUAAGUUAAUUUAAUGAUAUAUUUUAAUUUAAUUAAAAAAAAAAAAAUAUUUAACUCAACCGAGUUAAAAACAAUAUCAUAAACUUGCCCAGCCUUAAAAAUAAUAAAUCGUGCGCCGUAAAUUUGUUCGUUUUUCAUUUUUCGUCUUUUAUCGGUAGCUCAAUUAUUGUGAAAACUACUUGGAAAAUCAAAAAACGACGUUCUUCGUGAACAUUUAGAACUAAAAUGCUACAAAAAAGAUCUCUUAUCGUUUUUUUACUGGCGCCAUAUUUCUAGUAGAAUACAUAGUUAGUAAAAAUUAAAAACAACGAAAUUGAUAACGCCGUAAAUAUUUAUCGUUUUACCUAUAAUUUUGUUCUCGGUUUUUCCCAUUUAUUUUGAAAACCCAUUGGAAAAUCAAUAAAUGACUUCUCUAAUGCACCAAUUUCCUUUCAGAAAAGAUGCUACACUCUAUACAUAGGAUUAAGAUUUAUUUUCGAAAAGUUGUUUACAGAUAGAAAAAAAGAAAAAAAAACCACACAUAAUAGUAAAACCAAUGGAUCCCCCUCGCUUCCCCUGAAUCUAAAAAUUAUAAAACAUUUUUAUACCAUGAUUAUGUAAAACAAAUUAGUCUUUUUUUAGAGUUUUGGUAACUUAUUUUUCAUAUAAACUGUACAAUUUUUUUCCCCAGUGAAAAUUUUUGAACUAGAAACAUAUUUCGAAAUCCCAUAUUAAAUUGUUUGGAAUUUACAAAACUUAAGAAUAAAUUUAUAAAUGUUAUUGAAUUUAGUAAAUAGUUUUUAGAAAACUAUGAAAACUAAUAGAAAAAACAAUGUAAUUUAUAGUAAAGUUAUUUUGAAGAAUAGUAAGUUGUUUUAAUUAAGUUAAAUUGUGGAAAUUAAUUACAAAAAAAAAAUAAAUAUCUUCGAGGUACAUAAUAUACAAUUUUUAAACUAUAAAACGAAGUUACGAUUUUCUCAAUUUAAUAAUAUUUUAUUUUUAUGUAGUUAUACAAUAUUAAUAAAGUGUAGUUUUUCCGAUUUCACAAUUUUUAAAUUAGUAAAAUUGGAAAAAGAACUACACUAAAAGUAGGUUGUAGAAUGACGCAAUGGGUUAUAGACAUAUUUUUAACACUUCUAUUUGUGUAUAGCCUAUCCAGAACAAUACACCCACUGUAGAUUGCAGUUACGUCAACUUAUUUUCUUUGAUUUAUAUUUUUAAGGAGAAAAAAGAAAGUAUAUUUUUCGUUCGUACGAAUUUCAUUUUUUGUAUUAUUGUGUAAAUCUACCUUUGAGUAAAAAAAAUAUCAAAACAAAUAUGUAUUUUUCAAGAAGACAGGUCAUUGGAUAAAAAAAUAUAUUUUAAAUUUAAGAACAACAGUGGACGCAAUCUAAAAAUAAUAAUAUAAAAUAAAUACAAAAAAAUUUUUUUUUUCCGCGAAUAUAUUAUAUACUGUAUCAUCAAUAAAGUGAUAAUUGUUUUAGAAACUGGUUUUGAAUAAUUUCGGUUUGUAUUAUUUAAUAAUAAUAUUCUGAAAUGCUAGUAAUAUGUAAUAUUAUACCUAAUAUUUUUAAUUCGUAUUUUAAUUUUUAUACCUAAUUCGUUUAUAAAAUAUUAAUGUUGAUAUAUUUCCUCACAACUAACAAAACCAUUAAAUGGUUAUGACCACAUUGAGUGGAAUAAAAAGGUACAAGGAAACGAUAAUGAUUUCUGGAGUGAAAGGAAGGAAGGAUUAUUAUAAUGUUAUCGCUGGCAAUCAUAAUAAUAAUAUUAUUAUUAUACUGUUAUGUAUCAUGGAAUAACACGAAAACGCGGUCUCUUGACGCACGCGUGUACCUAUUUUGCCUACACGAAACUCCGUCUGAAACUCGUUCUGAUGCAAUCGCGCUCCAGCUCUCAGUUGUGAUGACGAUGAGCCCUUCGAUGAAUAGCAUUAUUUUAAGAUACCGUAUAAUAAUAUUAAUAUUCGUAGAAUUUAUCAUAUCAUGUAGUUACGAAUUGUUGCAGGGGAGGAGGUUUUAACGCCUCUCCCAGUAAGGUAUCGUUAUUCGAAUUUGGUGAUAUUCGGUUCUGUCUACCACGUUAUUGAUCCUUGUCUCUCGAUACAUAAAAUAUCCUUCUUUCGAAAAAGUUUAUUAUCAUUUUAUAAUAUUCGAAAAAUAUUUUUGAUUGUUCAUGAAUUUUGGGAACACCCCCCCUCAAAAAAUAAAAGAAUGUUGUAUAUAAAAAAAAUUAUCAAAAGGGAGUCUGAAUUUUGAACAUUGAACAAAAUAGAUGACGAAAUAAAACAAAACUAAUAGACAAAUAAAAAUGAGUGAGUAGAUUACCAGGUUUGUUAGGAUUAAGAUUGAAUAUAUAUGAGGUAGUUUAGUACACCAAGAAAAAUGAGAGAGAUGAGAUUAAGAUGGCAAAUUGAGAUAAAAAAAAAAACGAUGCGAGACAGUUCAAGAAUAAGAUACCGGAGUUUAGUGUACAUUAAAUAAACCGGGGAAGAAGUAAGUCAAAGAAAAAGCGGUUAGGAGAGAUAAUAUGAGACACGGGGAGUAGUCGAAGAAAUGAAGGUGAAUGUGAUGGGGGUGUAGAGAACAGAAAACUGGAUAUCACCUCUCCAAAAUAUGUGUUUAAUUAUCUUUACACUUAUAAAGUUGCUGUAUAUGAAAUAUUUAAGGUGUAUUCGUUUGGAAGAAUAAAGUGAAAUAAUAAAUAAAUUAAAAUAAAACCACACACACAGCAUUGUAAAAACAAUUGUCAUUACUCUGAAAUUUAGGAACGCGUUUUGCAUAUAAAGUGCAGAAUAUUAGGCAUUAUAAUCUAAUACAGGUCAAUUAGUUAUAGCUAUGGGUUUUUAUGUUUACAAUAUUAUUGCAUAAAAGAUAUCUAUGAUGUAUGCAUUAAUAUAUUGUAUUGUUAUCAUUUUAGAUAUUGAGAAAAGUAAUCGGAAAUCAUUAUGGGAUCUAAUAUCACCAAAAGAAAUAUUCGAAAGAAAUAUUCCUACUACGGCUGUAGUAUAUAAAAAGAAGUUUAAAAAUUCUGACUUAUAUAACUCUUUUGUAAAACGAACACAAUCAUCUUUAACACCAUACGAAAGUGUUGGUAAGUAAAUAUUAUUACGUAGCUAUUAGAAUAUACAAACAAUUUUUUUUUUUUUAUAAAAAUAUACUUAAAAGUCUGAUUUAUGUAAAUAAGUAUUUAUUUAUUUAAUAAUUUCCACAGAUAAUGUACCUAUAUUAAUAUCCUUCAGAAAUGUUUUGCUACCUUUGAUUACUUUUAUGUAAUUAAUGGAAAUGAACACGAGUCAAUCUCUCGCAAACUCUUCAAAGUUAAUUAUAUUAUUCAUGAAUCAAUUUAAUGAAGUAUUAUGCAAAUUCAUAUAUUCAAUAUGAAUAUUUUCAAGUAUUCAGUGGGUUCUUGUUUUUUUAUCAUAUGUUUUAAACCCACAUGAUGCAUGUUAAGAUAUAAACUGCAUUCGAAUUUUUUUAUAAAGCAUUCGAAACAUGUAUUUUUUGUAUAAAUAUGAUGGAAAAACAAAAUUAUUUUUUGAGAAUUAUUGUUGAACUAAAUAAAAAUCAUCAUGAUAAACAUUUCAAUGAAUACUAUUAAUACUGGUUAUUUAAUUAUUAGGAAAAUAUUAUUGUGAUAUGAAAAGUUAUUAGCUAUUGAUUAUAUAUUUUUUUUCUUUAGAUGUUAUGAGUGAUUUGAAGCUGUUUUUUGAUAAUCUUAGUGCUAAUGUAAAACAAAUGAAAGAAAAACAGCAAUCAAAGUACAACAUUCAGCGAAAAUAUGGUAAGAAAAACUUUAAAAAUUCAAAUUAAUUAAUUAUUGUUUCAUAGAAUCCAAUGUAAACAAUUUUUCAUCGUUCAAUAAAUACGGAUGUAGCUUUGAAAAUUAAACUUUAAAUAUGAAUAAUAAUAUAAGUUAAAACAUUGGUGGUUUUAUAUUUUCCGAGUACAUGUAGUAAGUAAAAUGUAAAUAUGUUAUGUACUGAUAUGUACUGAUAUGUUAUGUACUGAUAUAUGUAAGAUAGUUAUUUCAUUAUAAUUUUUCUCCUUCGUUUUCAUCCCAGUUAUUUGGGUUGGCCACCCAAGUCUUAAACUUCUAUUUUCAUUUUCCCAAAAUUUCCUCCCAUACACUCACCGUUCUCAUAUAAUUUUCAAUAGCAUCCAACCGCCUAUUUUUCGAUCUCCCCCAUUUUUGUCCUACUCUUUCAUCCUCUAUCCUUCCUUAUAAUUAAAAAAACUUGGUAACGAGAUAAAUACAAUCAAAAACCCUUGUAAUAUAAGUCGGUACUUUAAAUUUUAUGAAAUAUAAGUGACUAUAUUUAUGAAAAUUUACUAUAAAUUUGUUUGUUUCCAAUUUUUAGAUUCUGAGUAGAACGAGGAAUAUAUUGGUUUUAAAAUGAUAUUAAUUUUUACUUUUUUUUUACCAUAAAUUUCGCUUCGAUUUUCAAAUGUAAUAUUUUUUCUGAAAAUAAAUUUGUCUGGGGUGGUACUUUAAAAAAGUAAUUUUUUGAUUUUUCAAUGGGUUUACAUAUAAUAAAUUAAAUAACCGGGGAAAUGUAAGAAAUGUAUUAUUUCCAUAAUAUUAAAUAACACGGCCUUCAAAACAUGUACAACUGAUCUCCACUCAGAAUCGUUUUUGGUUAGCAAAAAUGAAUCAUUGCGUACAGAUAUACGUUAAAUUUUUCCUCUAUCUUUACAACUUUUUACUUUUAACAGUGGUCUAUUCACCGUGUGAAGUAUGUCUGUUUUUUUUUUUUUUUUUUUUAAUAUUUUUAAUAACUCAAGUUGUUCAGUUUCAACAAAUUUUAUUUCAUAUUAUUUUACGCUAAACUCAUAUGAAAAUAUUAUUUAUAAAUGACUAAUACCUACCUUCUUUUUUUUCGAAAAUAUCGAUUUAAUUGUAGUUGAUAUAAGUUAUAAAAAGGUAUUUAAAUAUCAGGUUUUAAAAUAGAGUUAAUAUAAUAAUUAUACUGGAAUAGAAAUUGAAUAAUUCUCUAACUUUAAUGAACAGUACAUAUAUAUAUAAUUUAAAUAUUUUCGAGAAUCAAACAUUAAAAUUAUUUGUUGUCAUCAAAUGUUGAUUUUAUUUUUUGAAGGCCUCUUUGAUUUUUUUACAGUAAAUAAAAAUAUAUUAGAUAGAAAAUAAAAAUUAUAAAGUAAUUUAUUGAUUUUAAUUAUUGAUAUGAAUAAAAAAAUGUAAAAAAAAAAAAAAAAAAUUCAAACAAAAAUACCAAUUCAUAAUUGACAAACAUUUUCUUACUCAGUUUCUUAAUAACUUAAUAAAUGCAUUUUACUAGCUAAUAUUGUAUGACAAAAAAGUGACAAAAUUAUAAAAACUUAUUGUGUCAUACAGACGAACUGACUUGACAAAUUAUAAGGGUUCCGUUUUUUUUUUAUUUUGGCUACGGAACUCUAAAAUACACAUUAUACAUGUCUAUAGUAUAUAGGUAUAUACUAUCUUUUUAAAUGAAAAAAUAAUAUUCUAAAAAUAUAUUGGAAUUCACUAGGGUAGCUAUGUGUGUAUACAUAUAUAUAUAUGUAUACUGUAUAAGUAUAAUAGCAUUGUAUAUAUGGAAAAAUAACAAAAACAAUGGCAAAAAGUAAAUAAUUGCGUUUUUAGUUACCUAUAUCGUAUUUUAGAGUAUCUACCUAGUUGUUUACAUAAUACCUUGACUAAAUAUACACUUGAUCGGAUUUAAAACCAAAAUCUAUAGCAAAUAUAAAUAUAAUAAUACCUAGUUUUUUUGUAUUUUCACCAUCGGUUUCAAAUGUUCAAUAUCUAUAUGCUAUAUUUAUUAGAAAAGUCGACACAAUUUAUUGUCACAAAUAUUCGGAUACAUAAAUAUAAUUGAAAAUUUAAACAAAUCUAUUGUAUUUAUAUUUUCAUUUUUGUGUCCGCCUUUAUUGUAGUUUUAAAUUCGGAGUGUAACGAGAUGUAUUGGUUUUACAAUGUGUUUAUUGUUUUUAUUUUGUGAACAAUUUUUCUCCUAGAAAUUUUAUUCUGAUCUAUUAAGUAUAGUUCUUUUUCUGAAAAGAAAUUUUAUCUACUUAGUACUUAAAAGAUGUUUUUUUUAAAAUUUUUAUAAUAAUUGGGAAUAACCUGGAAAAAACGUAGGAAACACGGAGAAAUUUACGUAGAUGUUAAAAGAAACUUCGAUUCGAAUCGUUUUUGUUAAUAAUGAUUUAUUUUUAUGCAGACAUUUAAAUUAAAUUUCCCUCUACAUCCUACUUUCCCAACUUCUCAUCUACUAUAGUGGCCCACCCACCGUGCGAAGUCUUUUGUUUUUAUUAUUAUAUACAAUAUCACAAAUAUGUCGGUUUUAUAGCCGUGUAAUUAUAUGCUGCAGACAUUUCGCAGUCGCAAUAAAAUUGUUUUAUUUAUAAUUAUUGUCAUGGUUUAGACUUUUGAGUUUUGCGCUUGAAAGGGUAAAAAUAAUAUAGUUGUGCAUAUAAUAUAAUUUUCGUUCAUGGAGAAGUUCAUCAACACAAUUUAGACGGCUAAGUCUACCUAAAUCUUACCAAGCCCACCAGUAUUAUAGAAGUUGUGUACCUCUGGUAGGAGAGGUGGGCGGAAACCACUAGUACCUCCAUCCCAUCUCUCAUGUAUGCGCUAUUGGAUGAUUGCAUUCCGUAGGAGGAAUUAACGAUAUUAUUAUAUAUCAAAAGUUAAACGGAAACAAUAUGCACAUAUUAUAAGUUUACGAAAUAUUUAUGUUUUAAAACUUUAUCUUUGACGAUGUAUUUCACGUAGAGCUCUUAUGUUAUAUAGCUCGACAUUUUAACUACACCCACUUUUAAAUAAAAUAAUAAUAUAUUUACUAUAUAGAAUAUAUAUAUUUAUAGUAAACACCAUAAAUACCCGUUUAUAUUGUAAUGUUACAAUAAAUGUCAACACGUCAAUAAUAAACUAACACAACGCAAAAGUUUGGAUUUUGCAGUUAUACAUACUCGUAAAGUAAAUUUCAUCGGAUUAUUUUGUGUUUAUCUUGAAUACAACUCUAAAUAUUUCGCCCCUGGCAGCACAUAAUAUUAUAUGACCUACCAAAGUCAGCUGUAAGCUGUGGAAAUAACAUACUCUCUAUACAUUUUUAAUUUUGAAACGUUAUUUUUUCAAAUUUAUCCCAAAUAUAGAGACGAUUGCGUUGUAUUGUAUCUGUUUUAUACAGGUGUCCCCACCGUGUUUUCUGAAAUUAAUAUCUAUGAAUAUUUAUUUUGGGUCAUUAUAUUUAGAAAAAAAUUACUAUAUUGGUUCACUUUUCAAAAUGGCCACUUUGUAAUUGAUAUUAUUCUGAAAAUUGUAAUUUAUCGUAUGAUACAUACCAUAUAUCCGAUAACUAUAUAGUUUAUAAUAGCUGUUUUAAUUUCUAUAUAGAAGGGGUGGUUAUGUGAAAUGUCUGAGAAUAAUCUUUUGGAGUAUAUUCUCAAAACAUGGUCAUUUUUGAGUUUUUGAAUUUGGUUUUUUUUUGUGCAAUCUGCAAAGUAUUGCAAUUGUAAUGUAUUUUUUAUGUAAAUAUGCAUAGCUAUAAUUAUUAAGUAGUAAUAAGAAUAAUAAGAUAAAUAAAAUAUUUAUAUUACUGUAAUAUAUAUUAAAAUAAAGUACCUAUGUACAGGUACACAACUCAAUAUUAAAACCAACUUGAUGUUAAUAAAAAAAAUUAAUUAUUCAAUAAUAUUAUGUUAUUAAUUAUUAUAAUGCCGACUUAUCAGUAUAUCACAUCAUAAAAGUAUGACCGUUUAAUAUAUUUACAAAUUUACAAUAAAGUUUUUCGAAUAAACCAAUUAUUAUUACUGUCAAUCACAGACAUAUGAACUUAGUUAAUAUGUCUAUACUCUCAAUAUUCCAAAUAGUAUCAAUAUAUUUUACUAUCAAAAUUCACAAUAAAUCAGUGUUGCUAUUUGAAAGGCAUUAAAUAUUUGUGUAGAAUUGUUUAAUGCUGGAGUAUAAUAUUUUUUCAAGAAUAUGCUAAGAAUAUUCUCGUGCUUGAUUAUCCUCAAAGCAUAAUUUUUGAAGAAUUUUCGUGUUAUUAGUGCUGUGAUUCAUUAUCGCAAAUAACGUACUAACUUAUAGAAGGCAUUUUUUUUAAUAUCUCUUCUCUAGAAAUUGAAACUACCUUUACUUCUUUAAAACUAUUCAUCGUAUAUAUAUAAAUACAGGAUGAUUUACUAAGCGUGUUCACUCCAUUUUUUUUUUUAUUUUGUUAAAUUUUUGCAUUCAUUUUAAUUAUGAUUUUUAGAAUUUUUAAGUGUAGUUAAGCCGAUUUUUUUAAAGACUUUUCAUAACAGUAUCCUGUGUUGAUACCAACUUUGGUUUUUCAAAUGAGAACCUACAUUAAAAAUUCCAUAAAUAGACAGAGUAUAAUUUAUGUAGCGGCACGGUGCCCGGUGUUUUACUAGUGAUUCACUACUCUCCCUAUUAUAAACUUAAUAAUGAAAUAUCUCGUAAACAGAUUAAUGAAAAUCAAAAAUAUGAACACUAAAAUGUAUUAUAGUAAUACUCCGUUUAUUUAUGGAAUUUUCAAUAUACCUACUCUUAGGUUCUCAUUUGAAAAACCAAAGUUGGUAUCACCAGAGAAUACUACUUAAAUAAUAUGAAAAAUUGAAGUAUUCGAAAAUAUAGGCUUUAACUACACUAAACAAUUCCAAAAAUCAGAAUUUGAAUACACGCAAAACUUAACGAAAAAAAAAUGGAGUGAGCACGCUUAGUGAAGCACCCUGUACGUAUAUGCAUGUUAGAUUAACAUUUUAAGAAUAAUAUCUAUUAAAAAGUGGCUAUUUUGAAAGUUUAGAAAAAUGAACGAAUAAGAAGUUAUUUUUUUUUUAGUGAUUAUGAGUUAAAAUUAAAAAUUAAAAUUUUUUUUCUAAAUAUGUUCUUUUAACACGAAAUUCGAUUGAAAAAAUAAAACUAAUUGAAUGUUAACAUUUUUAUUAUUGUCAUCGGUAAAACAUGGUGAAAUAUUAUAUUUAUGUCCAAAAGUAUAACAGAUAUGUAUUUAUUUCUUUUUUCUCGUUACUUUUGUGUAUUUCUAGCUGCUCCUUCUGGAGUAAAUUAGCUUAAAUUCGGAAAUUAACGUUAUUUUGUACACAGACUAAAGUGGAAAAAUUCGGGAGAAGUACGUAUAGCUUUUUACACCCAUACAGAUUCUCCAAAUGAAGCCAGCGGGGUGAAUUUUUGUAUACACAUGACGUUAAAAUAUCAAAGAUGUACCUUUUGAUGAUUUAAACUUUCAACCCCACUGGCAUUGUAAUUGUAUAAUCAAAUUUCACCAUUACUUUUUGUAAUAAGUUUAAUUUUAGUGUUAUAUUAUAAUAUAAAUAAUCAGUUAUUUGUUGUUUGGCAGAGCACAUUUCUUUUUUUUAAACAAUAUAUGAAAGGAGAAUAUUCGGUUCCAUUAGUAACGGAAUGCAGUUUUUUUUUUUAUAUCACUGUAUUUUAUAUUUACUAUUAUAAAUUAUAUAUGCUUAGGAUAUCUAAUAAUAAAUACAACCGCAUGUUAAACCGACAAUUUUGCAUAGUGAAUAAUAAUUAUGUAUACAUUGCACGAUGCGUUUCCGUAAUGAAUAAAUAAUGUUAUAUGAAUAAUAUGAACAUUGAGUUAGCUGCUGCUGUUGCUGCCGUGAUGUACCUACGCAGCUGGGGUAAAACAGAACUGGAAACUUGUUUCCUCGCUGAAGGUUAAUCUGUCAUAUUUAAUCGGAUUUCAAAUAAGCCACGGUCGCGCCGCAGUGGUGAGUGUAUAAUAUAAUAAUAUAUAGGAAGCGAAUGACCGGUGGUUUACAAGUUUAAUACCUGCACACCAGAGAGACCCAUCAGUCUUGAAAUAAUUGUUUUUCUCAUUCACCGUUCUGUUUGUUAUUGGACCAAAGCAUAUAUUUCAGGGUUAUUACCAAAAUUAUUACACUACCUAUACAGAAGUUACUAUGAAAACGAUGAUUUGAUCUAAAUAAUCCGCUUAGGUUGCAGUAGUGAUUGCUAUUUCACUGGCGGUUCUCGUCUGUAAUGUUGAUUAAAUCUUAUUUCGAUCAUUAACAAUUAAAAUAAUAAUUUUCGAUUACACAUUAUUUGAUAUAAUUAUUGUUUAGUUCAACGUCGCUGAAUAACUCAAUAGCUUUUUCUAUAUGUAUUCUAAUUAUUACCUACCUUAUAGUCCUAGUAUAUUGCUAAACUGUAUACAUAUUCAGCACGUUAUGCGCACGUUAAAUUAUAACAACGGGAAUUAAUAACCAAAGUAGGCGGGUAAAACUAAUUAAUUAGUUAAUAAUAAAGGUAUUUAACUAACAUAUGUAUGUGUUUAUUACAUAUUGAUUAUUUAUUGAUAUUAAUUUGAUACUCUAAUCUAAAUUCUCAGUAAUAACUAUAUAAAAUUAUGUUGCUCUUAAUGUAUCUAACGUAUUCCUACUUAUUUGCCAAUUUCCUUAUUACGGUUAUAAAUGUUAAAAUAUACUCCAAUUUAUUAUUCAAUCAAAUUGACCAUGUGUGUACAAGCAAGUUUUGUAAAUAAUUUCCUACAAUAGUGAUUAAUUUGUUUAUUUUCGUUCAAAAAGUAAAUUCGGUUAACUCGAGUUAUGUCGAAUUAAUCGAAAAAUUGUUAAUUAUUUUUCCAAACUUUUUGUUUGGAACAAGUCUUCAUAAGAUAGUGUAGUCAUUAUCAUUAUUAUCAUUAUUCAUUAUUUUAUAUGCAAAUUAGUUUUAGCAAUGAUGUGUUAUUUUAGAAAAAAAACUUUUUUAUUAUUUGGUAAAAAAAAAAUAUUCAACGAAAUGUAAACAAGUAACUUUAUAAUAGAGUUAUAUAAAGUUCAUAUAAAUAAGUAGUAUUCAACAGAUGAUAAUUUCUGGAUGAAUUGUUUUUGAUUCUGAGCAUAGCAAGUACUAUAGUGGUUUUACUCUUAUAUUAUAAUAUAUAAUAUACUCUAUAGUUUUACUAUACCUAAUUUUAUAAUUUGUGCUCUAGAUUCUGAGCGAAGCGGGAAUUUAUUGGUUUUACAGUGUUUAUUUUUUCUUUUUUUUUUUUAUCUGUGAAUAAAUUGCUAAUAGGAAUGCUUGAAAUUUAACAGGAAGUUCGUUAUAAAUCGUACUGUUUGUUUAAAAAAAAAUUGAGUGUAAUGUAGAAUUUUUUUUUAUGAGAAUUAUAGUAUCAAAUUUUGACGAAACUCGUAAAUAUUACAGCCUUUCAAAACAUGUAUAACAGAACUACGCUCAGAAUCGUUUUUCAUCAACAAUGAUUAAUCGUUGCUUACAAAUGUACAUUAAAUUUCCUUCUAUAUUCUACCUUCCCAACUUCUCAACUACAACAGUGGCCCACCCAGCGUGUGAUGUAUGUCCGCCUUUUUUUUUGUUUUGUAAACCACUUUUUUUAGAAAUAAAUAUUGUUCCAAUUAUUUAUCGUAAAAUUUACUCAAAUUUUGUCUAGUUAGACAAAGUACUAUUAAGUUUGUCUAGUGCAUCAUGAACUUAUGAAGGAUAAAAGUUAUAUAUUAGUGAUGAAAAAGUUGAGCGUCAUGUUCAAUUCAAUUGGUUCAAAGUUUAAAUUUUGAUAAAUUUCGUAAAAAUAAUUGCAUUUCUAAACAUUUUUAACCAAACUUAAUAAUUUAUCGUUGCGUGUAUAGAUAUAAAUUAAUUUAUCAAAUAUACUCUACCAUUUUUUUUUAAUUUCUCAGUUUCGUGUCCAGGUUUAAUUUCAAGUACUAUGUUUGAAAAUUGAAUUUUCAAAUUUAAAAUAAAAAUAAUAUAUUAGUUUACCGAAAGAUAGGUCGUAUACAAAGUCUCGGUUUUCAAUAAUAAUUUUAAAUUACUUACCUAUCAUCUUUUAUUAAAAAUUUCAAUUAGUCAUCUAUAAUUUAAUGUACUGUACUGUAGGUAGGCGUCUAUACAAUUCAGAAAUUAACUGUUCAAACUGUGUCAAGCCGAAUUUCUUUUACACUCGAGAUAGCAGCUAAUUUUAUAAGAAUAAUUCCAUACAAGUAUUUCAAUUUUUUAAUGAAAAAUUAUAAUAUAGUAUGAAUUAUGAUUAUUAUGAUUAUUUUAGAUGGUAAAGAUUUUAAUUAAAUGCCUAUAUAGGUUGUUUUUAAUGGUAGUACUGGCCUGUUUAAUCGAGUUAGCACGUUAAAAGAUUACAGUAUUAUUUAGUUCUAUACUAAUUUAUAAUUUUCAUUUUUCGGACAACUAAAGCAAAUCUACUAGACAAUGAUUUCAAAACAAAACUUCUUCGAAAAUUUAAUAAUAUAAAUUGCAUUAAACUCUUUGGUAUAAUCUCCCCUAAAAUGUCGUAUUUAUACUUUUAAGACACGAAUCGGUACAUUAUUUGAGUAUAUUUCUCAGUUAUCCACAGGUGUUAGUUAUUUAAUUUUAAAUGUAAACUUAACGUCUUUAUAAAUGAUAACAUUUAUUUUUAAUACAUUCCAAUAAUAUUUUGUUUCCGUCAAAAUCAUAAUUAUACAAUUGGGUAUGUCAUUUAUUACUUUUAAUUACGAUUAAUCAAACUUGAUCAAAACUGAAAAACAAAAAAGACGUCCUAGGAUAAUGGGGACGAGUGCAGCCACUGUUUAUGUGAUUUAAUGUAUAUCUGUAAGCAAUGGUUUAUCGUUGCUUACAAAACAAGAUUCUAAGCGGAAUUCAGUUGAUAGUGAUGCUUUGUCAAUAAUAUAUAUGCCAUAUUAUAGUAAAAUAAUUAAAUAGGCUUUAUAUAUUUUCUAUAAUAAUAUUUGUUACAACAUUAUCGAUUUUCCCAGUUUUCUUACGUUUUUCUCGGUUUCCCCAUGUUUUAUCUCGGUUUUUCACAUUUUCUGGGAAAAUUUUUAAGAAAACCAAAAAACUACCUCUCUAAAGUACCUCUCCAGUCGAAACAUUGAUAUUUUUAUAUUUUGGAGCCAAAAUUAUUGAUAGAAAAAUUGUUCACAGGAAAAAAAAUAAAAUAAACGUCUUUUUAAAACCAUAAGCGAAAAACGCUCCACUCAGAAUCUAAAACUUAAUAUUAUAGCAUUUGAAUAAUUACUAAAUCAUAAGUUUUAAUGUCAAUGUGAAAUCAUUAAUAUUACCUAACCAUUCAUAAUAUAGAGCAAGAGCUUCAAAUAGUAUAAUAUAGCGUGUUUUUAGUUUAUUCGGGCGCUUGUUAUAAUUAAUAAGACCAUUUGCACAAAUCGUUAACUCUAUUCAUUAUUAAAAUAUUGAUGCGUGAAUAAAUUAAUAAAUUAAAUAUAAUACGUAGUAAGGUAAGUAGUGUAUAAUUAAAUUCACACGCGUUAUGGUUUUGAGUAAUAAUUAACUAGGUAGGACGAUGACUAAACGAAUUUAAUUAUGAUUUUUAUAAAGUUUUUGCUAUACAAAUAUGCGAUUAAAAUGAUAAACGAUUAUACCUAUAGGUAUUACCAAAAAAUGUGUUGAAGUUGAUAUUAUAAUAUUGGUUGAUGGGUUUUUUAAAAUUAUUUGUUUGAACUUUGGCUUAUAUGUGUUGACACGUAAUAUUAUUAUAAUAUUUGAUAUAGUUACUUGUAAAGUCGUAUUCUGUGGUUUUAGUACAAAGUAGAUGUAGAUAAUAUAAAGUCACGAUUAUUUUUUGAGUUGAGAAUAGGAUUUCGGUACUCAAAAAUUGAUAAAUAUUUUUAAAAAAAGUGAAACUGCAACAUAGUCAAUAGCGACAAAUUUUAAUAAAUGUAAAUGAACGUUAGAGAAAGAAAGGUAUACUUAUGGCUUAAUAGGUUGGUGCUGGAAAUGAAAACUAUGACUAUAUCAUUUUUAAAACUAACUCUGCACUGCUGCUGUAGGUGUAUAUAUGUGUAACUAAGUAUGUGUAAUAUAUUACCAAUUCAUUAUUAUACUAAUUUUCUAUAUACAACACAUAUAGAAUUCGCGUACUAUUUUGUGAUUUGUUUAGGUUUUGUAUUUAUUUUUAAUUAUCCCUUCCAAUUUUAAAACAUUUUCAAUUUUUUUUUCAGAUAAAGUUUAUCCUUAAAUAAAUACUGUUAUAUAUAUAUAUAUAUAUAAUAUUAUUAUUAUUAUAUUAUAUUAAAAUGUAUUUGUUUCAGAUACCUCUUAUCCCGGAAACUAUUUUAGAGGGCGAAAACCAUCCGAUAAUGUAAGAAAUUUCGUACGACAUGACGAUGGGGAAUCGUAUCGUGGUACCAACAACCAUGACCCGGGCAUUUUAUGGACAGGACUUGGAAAGAAAAAACGUCGUUAGUGAAUAUUUGCCCAUCUCUACAGUAUCCGUCGGUCUUUACCAACCUUUAGUUGUGCACUUAUAAAUUAAUAUUAUAAUCCGAUAAUGAAUCCAAAAUGUUUAGCUUAUUGAUUCACAUAUAAUUAUAUUAUUAUUAUAACUAUAUAUAUUUAGUUAUGUUUGAUUUCAUUACAUGCAAAUUAUUCACUUUUUAGAAUAAAGUUGUUUUUACAGCACACUGCAAAACAUUUACC